CUGAUUAGCAUAAUCAUUGAAUCGAAUCAAAUUCCCCAAUUUCGCCAGAGUAGAAUCAAUGUCUUCACGCGAUAGCAAGAAGCCCUCCAGGCAAACGUCGGGAAGCCGUGCCGGCGGCAUUCGUACACUUUCCGAUCUGAAUCGUCCUUCUGGUCGCGAUGAUUCUGAUAGCGAUUCCGAUGGCCCCCAAGAAUACUACACCGGUGGUGAAAAAAGUGGAAUGCUUGUUCAAGAUCCUUCAAAGCAUAAUGAUGUGGACUCCAUCUUUGACCGAGCUAGGCAAGUGGGUGCCACGCAAGGUCCUCUGGAAAAUGUCGUCCCUAGUUCAAGCUCAACAAGCUUUACUGGAACUGGGAGAACACUUGCAGGGGAGACAGUUCCAACAUCAGCUCCUCAACCGCCUGAGUCCGUUGUACACAAUAUUAUCUUCUGGAGAAAUGGUUUCACUGUAAAUGAUGGCCCUUUGAGAAGGCUGGAUGAUCCUGAAAAUGCAUCUUUUCUUGAGAGUAUCACAAAGUCUGAAUGUCCAAGAGAGUUGGCUCCUGCAGAUACUAGGUCCCAGGUGCACUGCAACCUCAUAAGGAGGGACGAGAACUGUCCUGAACCAGAGAAACGCCAAGUACCAUUUCAGGGAGUGGGAAGAACACUUGGAAGCAGCUCACUUCCAGCAACCUCCGAGCCAUCUGCUUCGGUUCCCAUAAGCACUGCCUCGGCACCUACAAGCGUUCUGGACGAUUCAUUGCCGUCAACCUCGCUUCAAAUUAGAUUAGCUGAUGGAACCCGCAUGGUUACACACUUCAAUUUCCAGCAGACUGUUGGUGAUAUCCGUGCCUUCGUUGAUGCUUCAAGGCCAAGUGACACCAGGUCCUAUCAACUGCAAACGGUUGGAUUUCCUCCUAGAAUCCUCAGUGACCCAACACAAACAAUUGAGCAAGCAGGACUGGCGAAUUCAGUGGUUAUACAAAAAUUUUGAUGAGCUGCAAAAUCAUUUUCUUUUUAUUUCUUAAUUCCGUACUGCUGGCAGGACAUAUGUUAUACGUUUACGGCUGGAUAUUAUUUUUGAUCUUUGUGAAUCUAAUGUUCAUCUGAAUGAAGAUAGCAGUGGUUUUUUGUUUAGAAUGUGUGUGCAUUCUUUAAUGGGAUGUUGUACCUUCUCGGUCUACUACUCUGUCAUAUGGUAUUUUGUUCAUCUCGUGUAAGAACAAUUGUGGUGUGGAAAGUAAGUAUAAUGGUUUUUAUACGAUUGGAGCAUUUAAGAAGAA